CCAUUUAACUUCGCGGCGGCGGCGGCGACUGCGGCGCCGCGGGCUGGAGGCCGGCGUCGGGGAAGGUCCUGGUGCCGGAUUCCGCACGAGGUGUUGACGGGCGGCUUCUGCCAACUUCUCCCCAGCGCGCGCCGAGCCCGCGCGGCCCCGGGGCUGCACGUCCCAGAUACUUCUGCGGCGCAAGGCUACAACUGAGACCCGGAGGAGACCAGACCCCAUGGCUUCCUGGACGAGCCCCUGGUGGGUGCUGAUAGGGAUGGUCUUCAUGCACUCUACCCUCCUGCAGACCACAGCUGAGAAAUCUCCCGGAGCCUAUUUCCUUCCUGAGUUUGCACUCUCUCCUCAGGGAAGUUUUCUGGAAGACACAACAGGGGAGCAGUUCCUCACUUAUCGCUAUGAUGACCAGACCUCAAGAAACACUCGUUCAGAUGAAGACAAAGAUGGCAACUGGGAUGCUUGGGGUGACUGGAGUGACUGCUCCCGGACCUGUGGGGGAGGAGCAUCAUAUUCUCUGCGGAGAUGUUUGACUGGAAGGAAUUGUGAAGGGCAGAACAUUCGAUACAAGACAUGCAGCAAUCAUGACUGCCCUCCAGAUGCAGAAGAUUUCAGAGCCCAGCAGUGCUCAGCCUACAAUGAUGUCCAGUAUCAGGGGCGUUACUAUGAAUGGCUUCCACGAUAUAAUGAUCCUGCUGCCCCGUGUGCACUCAAGUGUCAUGCACAAGGACAAAACUUGGUGGUGGAGCUGGCACCUAAGGUACUGGAUGGAACUCGUUGCAACACGGACUCCUUGGACAUGUGUAUCAGUGGCAUCUGUCAGGCAGUGGGCUGCGAUCGGCAACUGGGAAGCAAUGCCAAGGAGGACAACUGUGGAGUCUGUGCCGGCGAUGGCUCCACCUGCAGGCUUGUACGGGGACAAUCGAAGUCACACGUUUCUCCUGAAAAGAGAGAAGAAAAUGUAAUUGCUGUUCCUUUGGGAAGUCGAAGUGUGAGAAUUACAGUGAAAGGACCUGCCCACCUCUUUAUUGAAUCAAAAACACUUCAAGGAAGCAAAGGAGAACACAGCUUUAACAGCCCCGGCGUCUUUGUCAUAGAAAACACAACAGUGGAAUUUCAGAGGGGCUCCGAGAGGCAAACUUUUAAGAUUUCAGGACCUCUGAUGGCUGAUUUCAUCUUCAAGACCAGGUACACUGCAGCCAAAGACAGCGUGGUUCAGUUCUUCUUUUACCAGCCCAUCAGUCAUCAGUGGAGACAAACUGACUUCUUUCCCUGCACUGUGACGUGUGGAGGAGGUUAUCAGCUCAAUUCUGCUGAAUGUGUGGAUAUCCGCUUGAAGAGGGUAGUUCCUGACCAUUAUUGUCACUACUACCCUGAAAAUGUAAAACCAAAACCAAAACUGAAGGAAUGCAGCAUGGAUCCCUGCCCAUCAAGUGAUGGAUUUAAAGAGAUAAUGCCCUAUGACCACUUCCAACCUCUUCCUCGCUGGGAACAUAAUCCUUGGACUGCAUGUUCCGUGUCCUGUGGAGGAGGGAUUCAGAGACGGAGCUUUGUGUGUGUAGAGGAAUCCAUGCAUGGAGAGAUAUUGCAGGUGGAAGAAUGGAAGUGCAUGUACGCACCCAAACCCAAGGUUAUGCAAACUUGUAAUCUGUUUGAUUGCCCCAAGUGGAUUGCCAUGGAGUGGUCUCAGUGCACAGUGACUUGUGGCCGAGGGUUACGGUACCGGGUUGUUCUGUGUAUUAACCACCGCGGAGAGCAUGUUGGGGGCUGCAAUCCACAACUGAAGUUACACAUCAAAGAAGAAUGUGUCAUUCCCAUCCCGUGUUAUAAACCAAAAGAAAAAAGUCCAGUGGAAGCAAAAUUGCCUUGGCUGAAACAAGCACAAGAACUAGAAGAGACCAGAAUAGCAACAGAAGAACCAACGUUCAUUCCAGAACCCUGGUCAGCCUGCAGUACCACGUGUGGGCCGGGUGUGCAGGUCCGCGAGGUGAAGUGCCGUGUGCUCCUCACAUUCACGCAGACUGAGACUGAACUGCCCGAGGAAGAGUGUGAAGGCCCCAAGCUGCCCACCGAACGGCCCUGCCUCCUGGAAGCAUGUGAUGAGAGCCCGGCCUCCCAAGAGCUAGACGUCCCUCUCCCUGAGGACAGUGAGACGACUUACGACUGGGAGUACGCUGGGUUCACCCCUUGCACAGCAACAUGCUUGGGAGGCCAUCAAGAGGCCAUAGCAGUGUGUUUACACAUCCAGACCCAGCAGACAGUCAAUGACAGCUUGUGUGAUAUGGUCCACCGUCCUCCGGCUAUGAGCCAGGCCUGUAACACAGAGCCCUGUCCCCCCAGGUGGCAUGUGGGCUCUUGGGGGCCCUGCUCAGCUACCUGUGGAGUUGGAAUUCAGACCCGAGAUGUGUACUGCCUGCACCCAGGGGAGACCCCUGCCCCUCCUGAGGAGUGCCGAGAUGAAAAGCCCCAUGCUUUACAAGCAUGCAAUCAGUUUGACUGCCCUCCUGGCUGGCACAUUGAAGAAUGGCAGCAGUGUUCCAGGACUUGUGGCGGGGGAACUCAGAAUAGAAGAGUCACCUGUCGGCAGCUGCUAACGGAUGGCAGCUUUUUGAAUCUCUCAGAUGAAUUGUGCCAAGGACCCAAGGCAUCGUCUCACAAGUCCUGUGCCAGGACAGACUGUCCUCCACAUUUAGCUGUGGGAGACUGGUCGAAGUGUUCUGUCAGUUGUGGUGUUGGAAUCCAGAGAAGAAAGCAGGUGUGUCAAAGGCUGACAGCCAAAGGUCGGCGCGUCCCCCUCAGUGAGAUGAUGUGCAGGGAUCUACCAGGGCUCCCUCUUGUAAGAUCUUGCCAGAUGCCUGAGUGCAGUAAAAUCAAAUCAGAGAUGAAGACAAAACUUGGUGAGCAGGGUCCGCAGAUCCUCAGUGUCCAGAGAGUCUACAUUCAGACAAGGGAAGAGAAGCGUAUUAACCUGACCAUUGGUAGCAGAGCCUAUUUGCUGCCCAACGCAUCCGUGAUUAUUAAGUGCCCAGUGCGACGAUUCCAGAAAUCUCUGAUCCAGUGGGAGAAGGAUGGCCGUUGCCUGCAGAACUCCAAACGGCUUGGCAUCACCAAGUCAGGCUCACUAAAAAUCCACGGUCUUGCUGCCCCCGACAUCGGCGUGUACCGGUGCAUUGCAGGCUCUGCACAGGAAACAGUUGUGCUCAAGCUCAUUGGUACUGACAACCGGCUCAUCGCACGCCCAGCCCUCAGGGAACCUAUGAGGGAAUAUCCUGGGAUGGACCACAGCGAAGCCAAUAGUUUGGGAGUCACAUGGCACAAAAUGAGGCAAAUGUGGAAUAACAAAAAUGACCUUUAUCUGGAUGAUGACCACAUUAGUAACCAGCCUUUCUUGAGAGCUCUGUUAGGCCACUGCAGCAAUUCUGCAGGAAGCACCAACUCCUGGGAGUUGAAGAAUAAGCAGUUUGAAGCAGCAGUUAAACAAGGAGCAUAUAGCAUGGAUACAGCCCAGUUUGAUGAGCUGAUAAGAAACAUGAGUCAGCUCAUGGAAACCGGAGAGGUCAGCGAUGAUCUUGCGUCCCAGCUGAUAUAUCAGCUGGUGGCCGAAUUAGCCAAGGCACAGCCAACACACAUGCAGUGGCGGGGCAUCCAGGAAGAGACACCUCCUGCUGCUCAGCUCAGAGGGGAAACAGGGAGUGUGUCCCAAAGCUCGCAUGCAGAAAACUCAGGCAAGCUGACAUUCAAGCCGAAAGGACCUGUUCUCAUGAGGCAAAGCCAACCUCCCUCAAUUUCAUUUAAUAAAACAAUAAAUUCCAGGAUUGGAAAUACAGUAUACAUUACAAAAAGGACAGAGGUCAUCAAUAUACUGUGUGACCUUAUUACCCCCAGUGAGGCCACAUAUACAUGGACCAAGGAUGGAACCUUGUUACAGCCUUCAGUAAAAAUAAUUUUCGAUGGAACUGGGAAGAUACAGAUACAGAAUCCUACAAGGAAAGAACAAGGCAUAUAUGAAUGUUCUGUAGCUAAUCAUCUUGGUUCAGAUGUGGAAAGUUCUUCUGUGCUGUAUGCAGAGGCACCUGCCAUCUUGUCUGUUGAAAGAAAUAUCACCAAACCGGAGCACAACCAUCUGUCUGUUGUGGUUGGAGGCAUCGUGGAGGCAGCCCUUGGAGCAAACGUGACAAUCCGAUGUCCUGUAAAAGGUGUCCCUCAGCCUAAUAUAACUUGGUUGAAGAGAGGAGGAUCUCUGAGUGGCAAUUUUUCCUUGCUUUUCAAUGGAUCCCUGUUGUUGCAGAAUGUUUCCCUUGAAAAUGAAGGAACCUACGUCUGCACAGCCACCAAUGCUCUUGGAAAGGCAGUGGCAACAUCUGUACUCCACUUGCUGGAACGAAGAUGGCCAGAGAGUAGAAUCGUAUUUCUGCAAGGACAUAAAAAGUACGUUCUCCAGGCAACCAACACUAGAACCAACAGCAAUGACCCAACAGGAGAACCCCCGCCUCAAGAGCCUUUUUGGGAGCCUGGUAACUGGUCACAUUGUUCUGCCACCUGUGGUCAUUUGGGAGCCCGCAUUCAGAGACCCCAGUGUGUGAUGGCCAAUGGGCAGGAAGUGAGUGAGGCCCUGUGUGAUCACCUCCAGAAGCCACUGGCUGGGUUUGAGCCCUGUAACAUCCGGGACUGCCCAGCGAGGUGGUUCACAAGUGUGUGGUCACAGUGCUCUGUGUCUUGCGGUGAAGGAUACCACAGUCGGCAGGUGACGUGCAAGCGGACAAAAGUCAAUGGAACUGUGCAGGUGGUGUCUCCAAGAGCAUGUGCCCCUAAAGACCGGCCUCUGGGAAGAAAACCAUGUUUUGGUCAUCCAUGUGUUCAGUGGGAACCAGGGAACCAGUGUCCUGGACGUUGCAUGGGCCGUGCUGUGAGGAUGCAGCAGCGUCACACAGCUUGUCAACACAACAGCUCUGACUCCAACUGUGAUGACAGAAGGAGUUUUCACUUCAGACCCACCUUAAGAAGGAACUGCACAUCAGGGGCCUGUGAUGUGUGUUGGCACACAGGCCCUUGGAAGCCCUGUACAGCAGCCUGUGGCAGGGGUUUCCAGUCUCGGAAAGUCGACUGUAUCCACACAAGGAGUUGCAAACCUGUGGCCAAGAGACACUGUGUACAGAAAAAGAAACCAAUUUCCUGGCGGCACUGUCUUGGGCCCUCCUGUGAUAGUACGUACACCUCCCAGGAGACUGCACAGACACAACUCACUACUGUAUGUUUGUAAAACAUCUUAAUUUGUGUUCUCUAGACCGCUACAAACAAAGGUGCUGCCAGUCAUGUCAAGAGGGAUAAACCUUUGGAGGGGUCAUGAUGCUGCUGUGAAGAUAAAAGUAAAAUAUAAAAGCUCUUUUCCCCAUGUCGCUGACUCAAAAACAUGUAUUUCUUAAAAGACUAGAUUCUAUGGAUCAAACAGAGGUUGAUGCAAAAACACCACUGUUAAGAUGUAAAGUGAAAUUUUCCAAUGGUAGUUUUAUAUUCCAAUUUUUAAAAAUGAUGUAUUCAAGGAUGAACAAAAUACUAUAGCAUGCAUGCCACUGCACUUGGGACCUCAUCAUGUCAGUUGAAUCGAGAAAUCACCAAGAUUAUGAGUGCAUCCUCACGUGCUGCCUCUUUCCUGUGAUAUGUAGACUAGCACAGAGUGGUACAUCCUAAAAACUUGGGAAACACAGCAACCCAUGACUUCCUCUUCUCUCAAGUUGCAGGUUUUCAACAGUUUUAUAAGGUAUUUGCAUUUUAGAAGCUCUGGCCAGUAGUUGUUCAGAUGUUGGCAUUAAUGGCAUUUUCAUGGAUCCUUGGUUUAGUCUGUGAAAAAGAAACCAUCUCUCUGGAUAGGCUGUCACACUGACUGACCUAAGGGUUCAUGGAAGCAUGGCAUCUUGUCCUUGCUUUUAGAACACCCAUGGAAGAAAACACAGAGUAGAUAUUGCCGUCAUUUAUACAACUACAGAAAUUUAUCUAUGACCAAAUGAGGCAUCUUGGAAGUCAAAGAAGAGGGAAAGUUAACCUUUUCUACUGAUUUCGUAGUAUAUUCAGAGCUUUCUUUUAAAAGCUGUGAAUGAAACUUUUUCUAAGCACUAUUCUAUUGCACACAAACAGAAAACCAAAGCCUUAUUAGACCUAAUUUAUGCAUAAAGUAGUAUUCCUGAGAACUUUAUUUUGGAAAAUUUAUAAGAAAGUAAUCCAAAUAAGAAACAUGAUAGUUGAAAAUAAUUUUUAUAGUAAAUAAUUGUUUUGGGCUGAUUUUUCAGUAAAUCCAAAGUGACUUAGGUUAGAAGUUACACUAAGGACCAGGGGUUGGAAUCAGAAUUUAGUUUAAGAUUUGAGGAAAAGGGUAAGGGUUAGUUUCAGUUUUAGGAUUAGAGCUAGAAUUGGGUUAGGUGAGAAAGAAAGUUAAGGUUAAGGCUAGAGUUGUCUUUAAGGGUUAGGGUUAGGACCAGGUUAGGUCAGGGUUGGACUGGGUUUAGAUUGGGGCCAGUGCUGGUGUUAGUGAUAGUGUCAGGAUGGAGGUUAGGUUUGGAGUAAGCGUUGUUGCUGAAGUGAGUUCAGGCUAGCAUUAAAUUGUAAGUUCUGAAGCUGAUUUGGUUAUGGGGUCUUUCCCCUGUAUACUACCAGUUGUGUCUUUAGAUGGCACACAAGUCCAAAUAAGUGGUCAUCCUUCUUUAUUCAGGGUCUCAGCUGCCUGUACACCUGCUGCCUACAUCUUCUUGGCAACAAAGUUACCUGCCACAGGCUCUGCUGAGCCUAGUUCCUGGUCAGUAAUAACUGAACAGUGCAUUUUGGCUUUGGAUGUGUCUGUGGACAAGCUUGCUGAGUUUCUCUACCAUAUUCUGAGCACACGGUCUCUUUUGUUCUAACUUCAGCUUCACUGACACUGGGAUGAGCACUACUGUAUGUGGAGGGUUUGGUGAUUGGGAAUGGAUGGGGGACAGUGAGGAGGACACACCAGCCCAUUAGUUGUUAAUCAUCAAUCACAUCUGAUUGUUGAAGGUUAUUAAAUUAAAAGAAAGAUCAUUUGUAACAUACUCUUUGUAUAUAUUUAUUAUAUAAAAGGUGCAAUAUUUUAUUUUGUACAGUAUGUAAUAAAGACAUGGGACAUAUAUUUUUCUUAUUAACAAAAUUUCAUAUUAAACUGCUUCACUUUGUAUUUAAAGUUAAAAAUUACUAUUUUUCAUUUGCUAUUGUACUUUCAUUGUUGUCAUUCAAUUGACAUUCCUGUGUACUGUAUUUUACUACUGUUUUUAUAACAUGAGAGUUAAUGUUUCUGUUUCAUGAUCCUUAUGUAAUUCAGAAAUAAAUUUACUUUGAUUAUUCAGUGGCAUCCUUAUAAAUGUAGGCAGCUUAUGUGUGUUAUUUUUUGGUAGCCUUCGGUCUUGUCAUCGUGGCUGCCCCUUCAUCAGUCCAAGAGCCACCCCAGUGGGUUUGAUUCCCGGGACUGUCCUUCAGAGUGUGGAUUACAAGACUCAGAGCAGAUCUCACGAAGAUUCACUCUAAUGCCCUCAUUUUACUCAUUUACAUAUUGUGAAUCAUUUUUAAAAGAAUUUCAAGAGCAGCAGAAGAAAGAAGUCCCAAACAGACAACCUGAAACAGGUAUUGAAGUAAGUGGUAGUUGGAAGAGCAAGCGGUACUAAUAGCCUUUUAAUUUUUUAAAGACUUUUUUUAGAGCAGUUUUAAUUUCACGACAAAAUUGAUUGGAAGGUACAAAGAUUUCCCAUGUAUACCUCAUGUCCCAACACAUAUAUAACAUCCCCCAUUAUCAGCAUCCCCCACCAGAAUGGUACAUUUGUUACAAUUGAUGAACCUCCAUUGACACAUCAUCAUAGUCCAAAGUCCAUAGUUUACAAGAGCUGGGAUAAAUCCCACUUAGUCAUGGUGUAUAAUUCAUUUUAUAAAUUGUUAGAUUCAACUUGCUAAUGUUUGUUGAGUAUUUUUGCAUUUAUUUUCAUGAGAGAUUGAUCUGUAGUUUCCUUCCUUUUUCAUGAGAGAUUGGUCUGUAGCUCUCUCUCUCUCUCUCUCUCUCUCUUUCUUUCUUUCUUUCUGUCAGCAAGCCUCCCUCUAUUGCCCAGGCUGGAGUGCAGUGGUGCAAUCUCGGCUCACUGCAACCUCCAUCUCCUGGGUUCAAGCAUUUCUCCUGUCUCAGCCUCCUGAGUAGCUGGGAUUACAGGCCUGCGCCACCAAGCCGGCUAAUUUUUGUAUUUUUAGUAGAGAUGGGGUUUCACCAUAUUGGUCAGGCUGGUCUCAAACUCCUGACCUCAGGUGAUCCACCCACCUCUGCCUCCCAAAGUGCUGGGAUUACAGGCGUGAGCCACCAUGCCAGGCCAGUUUUCUUUUCUUGUAAUGUUUUGUCUGGGUUUGGUAUUAGGGUGAUACUGGCCUCAUAGAAUGAGUUAGGAAAUAUUAACUCUGCUUCUGUCCUCAAGAGAUUGUAGAGAAUUGCUAUUUCUUUCUUAAAUGUUUGGUAGAAUUAACCAGUGAACAUGUCUUGGCCUAGUGCUUUCUGGUUUUGAAGAUUAUCAAUUAUUGAUUCAAUUUAUUUAAUAGAAAUAAGCCUAUUUGGAUUGUCUGUUUCUUUUUGUGUGAGUUUUGGCACAUUGUUUCUUUGUAUGAAUUUUGACAGAUUGUGUCAAGGAAUUGGUCUAUUUCUUCUAGGUUAUAAAAUUGUAGGCAGAGUUCUUCAUGGUAUUCCUCUAUUAUCCUUUUAAUCCCCAUAGUAUUUGUAGUGAUGGCUCCUCUUUCAUUUCUCAUAUUAGUAAUUUGUAUCCUUUCUGGUUUUUUUUUUCUUAGCUUUGCUGGAGACUUACUGAAUUUAUGGAUUUUUUUCAAAGAAGCAGUGUUUAUUUCAUUUCAUUUCUUCUAUUGAUUCCUUGUUUUCAAUUUCAUUGAUUUCAGCUCUAAUUAUUUCUUUCUUUGUCUUACUUUGGAUUUAUUUUAUUUUAUUUAUUUAUUUAUUUAUUUAGGAGACAGAUUCUCAUUCUGUCACCCAGGCUGGAGGGCAGUGGUGUGAUCUUGGCUCACUGCAACCUUCUCCUCCCAGGUUCAAGCAAUUCUAGUGCCUCCACCUCCCAAGUAGCCAGGACUAUGGGUAUGCACCACCAAGCCUGGCUAACAUUUUGUAUUUUUAGUAGAGACAGGGUUUUGCCAUGUUGCGCAGGCUAGUCUUGAACUCCUGAGCUCAGGCAAUCUGCCCACCUCAGCCUCCCAAUUACAGGCAUGAGCCACCGUGCUUUACUUUGGUUUUUUUGAUUUUUUUUUUUUUUUUGAGAUGGAGUCUUGCCCUGUCACCCAGGCUGGAGUGCAGUGGCUCAAUCUCGGCUCACUGCAACCUCUGCCCCCUGGGUUCAAGCGAUUCUCCUGCCUCAGCCUUCUGAGUAGCUGGAACUACAAGCAUGCACCACCAUGCCCAGCUAAUUUUUGUAUUUUUAGUAGAGACAGGGUUUCAUCAUGUUGGUCAGGCUGCUCUCAAACAGCUGACCUCAUGUGAUCCACCCCACUCGGCCUCCCAAAGUGCGGGGAUUAUAAGCGUGAGCUACGGCACCUGACCUAUUUUGGAUUUAAUUUGCUCUUCUUUUCUAUUUUCUUCAGGUGUAAACUUAGAAUACUGAUUUAAGAUCUGUCUUCUUUCCUAAUAUAUGUAUUCAAUGCCUUAUAUUUCCCCAUAGCACUGUUUUUACUGUAUCCCACAAAUUUUGAUAAAUUGUGUUCCCAUUUUCAUUUGGUUCAAAAUAUUUUAAAAUUUCUCUUGAGAUUUUCUGAUCCACAUGUAACUUAGAAAUAUGUUGUUUAAUCUCCACAUAUUUUGAGAUUUUCCAGUUACCUUUCUGUUAUUGAUUUAUAAUUUAAUUCCACCAUGGCCUGAAAGCAGACAUUGUAUGAUUUCUAGUCUUUUAAAUGUGUUAAAGUGAAGAAGAGGGUGGAGUCAAGAUGGCCGAAUAGGAACAGCUCCAGUCUACAGCUCCCAGCAUGAGCGACACAGAAGACGGGUGAUUUCUGCACUUCCAACUGAGGUACUGGGUUCGUUUCUCUGGGGAGUGUCGGAAAGUGGGUGCAGGACAGUGGGUGCACUGCAGCAAGCCUGAGCCAAAGUAGGGGGAGGCAUUGCGUCACCCGGGAAGUGCAAGGGGUCAGGGAAUUCCCUUUCCUAGUCACAGAAAGAGGUGACAGAUGGCACCUGGAAAAUCGGGUCACUCCCACCCUAAUACUGCGCUUUUCCAAUGGUCUUAGCAAACGGCACACCAGGAGAUUAUAUCCCACGCAUGGCUCGGAGGGUCCUACGCCCACUGAGCCUCGCUCAUUGCUAGCACAGCAGUCUGAGGUCAAACUGCAAGGUGGCAGCAAGGCUGGAGGAGGGGCACCCGCCAUUGUGGAGGCUUGGGUAAGUAAACAAAGUGUCCAGGAAGCUCAGUUUGAGCCCACCGCAGCUCAAGGAGGGCUGCCUGCCUCUGUAGACUCCACCUCUGGGGGCGGGGCACAGCAAAACAAAAGGCAGCAGAAUCCUCUGCAGACUUAAAUGUCCCUGUCUGACAGCUUUGAAGAGAGUAGUGGUUCUCCCAGCACGCAGCUGGAGAUCGGAGAACGGACAGACUGCCUCCUCAAGUGGGUCCCUGACCCCUGAGUAGCCUAACUGGGAGGCACCCCCCAGUAGGGGCAGACUGACAGCUCACACGGCCGGGUACUCCUCUGAGACAAAACUUCCAGAGGAACGAUCAGGCAGCAACAUCUGUUGUUCACCAAUAUCCUCUGUUCUGCAGCCUCCGCUGCUGAUACCCAGGCAAACAGGGUCUGGAGUGGACCUCCAGCAAACUCCAACAGACCUGCGGCUGAGGGUCCUGACUGUUAGAAGGAAAAUUAACAAACAGAAAGGACAUCCACACCAAAACCUCAUCUGUACGUCACCAUCAUCAAAGACUAAAGGUAGAUAAAACCACAACAAUGGGGAAAAAACAGAGCAGAAAAACCGGAAACUCUAAAAAUCAGAGCGCCUCUCCUCCUCCAAAGGAACGCAGCUCCUCACCAGCAACAGAACAUAGCUGGACGGAGAAUGACUUUGACGAGUUGAGAGAGGAAGGCUUCAGACAAUCAAACUACUCCGAGCUAAAGGAGGAAGUCCAAACCCAUGGCAAAGAAGUUAAAAACCUUGAAAAAAAUUCAACAACGCUUCAUGCUAAAAACUCUCAACAAAUUAGGUAUUGAUGGGAUGUAUCUCAAAAUAAUAAGAGCUAUCUAUGACAAACCCACAGCCAGUAUCAUACUGAAUUGGCAAAAACUGGAAGCAUUCCCUGUGAAAACUGGCACAAGACAGGGAUGCCCUCUCUCACCACUCCUAUUCAAUAUAGUGUUGGAAGUUCUGGCCAGGGCAAUCAGGCAGGAGAAAGAAAUAAAGGGUAUUCAAUUAGGAAAAGAGGAAGUCAAAUUGUCCCUGUUUGCAGAUGACAUGAUUGUAUCUAGAAAACCCCAUUGUCUCAGCCCAAAAUCUCCUUAAGCUGAUAGGCAACUUCAGCAAACUCUCAGGAUACAAAAUCAAUAUGCAAAAAUCACAAGCAUUCUUAUACAGCAAUAACAGACAAACGGAGAGCCAAAUAAUAAGUGAACUCCCAUUCACAAUUGCUUCAAAGAGAAUAAAAUACCUAGGAAUCCAACUUACAAGGGAUGUGAAGGACCUCUUCAAGGAGAACUACAAACCACUGCUCAAUGAAAUAAAAGAGGAUACAAACAAAUGGAAGAACAUUCCAUGCUCAUAGGUAGGAAGAAUCAAUAUCGUGAAAAUGGCCAUACUGCCCAAGGUAAUUUAUAGUUUCAAUGCCAUCCCCUUCAAGCUACCAAUGACUUUCUUCACAGAAUUGGAAAAACCUACUUUAAAGUUCAUAUGGAACCAAAAAAGAGCCCGCAUUGCCAAGUCAAUCCUAAGCCAAAAGAACAAAGCUGGAGGCAUCACGCUACCUGACUUCAAACUAUACUACAAGGCUACAGUAACCAAAACAGCAUGGUACUGAUACCAAAACAGAGAUAUAGACCAAUGGAAAAGAACAGAGCCCUCAGAAAUAAUGCCACAUAUCUACAACCAUCUGAUCUUUGACAAACCUGACAAAAACAAGAAAUGGGGAAGCGAUUCCCUAUUUAAUAAAUGGUGCUGGGAAAACUGGCUAGCCAUAUGUAGAAAGCUGAAACUGGAUCCCUUCCUUACACCUUAUACAAAAAUCAAUUCAAGAUGAAUUAAAGACUUAAAUGUUAGACCUAAAACCAUAAAAACCCUAGAAGAAAACCUAGGCAAUACCAUUCAGGACAUAGGCAUGGGCAAGGACUUCAUGUCUAAAACACC